UUUAGUUCUGAUCUGAUAUGUGCUUUUUCCUAGCUGGUGUGCUCAGGUGAGCGCUGUGGCCCCUGGGCCUCUUGUUAUGUCUAGCAAUGACCUCAUCAUAAUGGCAUUGAUUAAUUUUUUUUGUUGAAAUCCAUUAUUAUAUCAAUGCUAGGCAUUUUAUUUAUUUAGUAAUGUAAUAAUUGACCUCAAGGUCAAGAUAGCUAUAUAAUACCAAUCUGAUUUUGAAACAUCAUUGCUUAUUUUGUUACUGUAGAUUCCUAAAUAUAUGUGUGGAAUGAACGCAUAAUUAUGUGAGAAGCUUCACACAUGAAAUGAAAUUACUCACCUUUAUUUUAUGGUGCUGAAAUCUAUGUAAAAUUUCUUAAUCAACCGUCCAUUUGCGAAUUAAUAUUCUUGCGAUUUGACGCUGAAGAGCCCAUCUGCAAUCAUAAAUACUCACAAAAAUAAAGGAUCUACAGUAUUUCUAGUAGGUUAUAUUUUUUUUUAUUGCUGGGGCUAUAUGCUGUUUGUGUUCAUUUUUAGCUCUACUGAAGGAAAAACCAGGAGAAAAGCAGAAUUCCAGAGUAGAGAAUUAAACGUGUUAAGGCUUGCGCUGCAAUAUCUUUAGUUUAAUUAUGCCCCCGAACUUGAAGAUUCAGGGGAACAUAGCUUUUGCCCUGUCUUUCAGUUUGCAUGUUAAUCUAUUUGUCUGUCUCUUUGAAAAUACUCUAACUUGCUAUAACCUACUAUGCUUGGAUCUAUGACUUUAAUAUUUAAUGUGUGAUCUUUGAUAUUUGAGGAACUUUAAUUUUGACAACAUCUUUAUAACAGUUUGUGCUAGGUCCUUUAAUUAGUCGAAAUAUAUUUUCUGUGGAUAUCAUUCAUUUCUACUUAGAACUUGGAGUUUGACCCUCUUUUUAAAAUUUUACUUUGGCUUUAACUUUGAAUGGUUGAUUCUUGACCUUUCAUUUUUCACACGUAUAUUCAUUUUUACAAGUCCUCUCUGAAAUCUAUCUUGACCUUGAAGUUUAAUGCAUUUUAGAAACUUUUAAACCUUCGCCAUAGGCUGUCAUACGGGGGCAUCAUUGUAUUACAAAUGCAUCUUGUUUUAUUAUGCUUUUUUAUUUAUAAUAUAUUUUCAUUGAUCUCAGGUUCUUUCUUAUUCAUAGGUGGUUUUGAUUUUAUCGUACACAUCAAUAAACGCAUGUAUUUCAUUCAUAUACAGGUAUAUUUUUCAAUAAAUCUUUCAAUAAUAUAAAAUUUAUUUUCCCUUUUGAUUGAAUUGUACACCAAGAGAAAUAGUGGCAUAUCCGUCAGUAUUAAUGAUCGAUGUAUAGCAUUAUAAAGAAAGAACCUUAAUGCAGUCGUUCAUUGUAUUCUUGAGGCCUUAUCUAGGUGACCAAUACUGAUAAUAUUUUCUCUGACAACGAAAUUUGUGACCCCAAUAAACAAUGUAUCAUUAUGCCUAGAAUGUUUUCCUCAUUGGCUUUCUAUUAUGCGAAUUAAACGUUGGUUCCGCUGUUUCAUCCUGUGCUUCUUUGUUAUUUUCCUGGCAUUGUUGUUACUGAUGCUCGUACUGGCAAUUGGAGCAAGUCACUCGGGGGAGCUAGAAAUGGCAGAUCCGAUCAUUUUGUGGUGGACGGACGGCGAUGAUCAGAAGGACAUCUACAGGAAGUGUGGGGAUGUCACGUGCUUCAUCACCGGAAACAGGAGCUAUACCAGAAAUCCACUCACCAAGGUUUUCAUGUUUUACGGGACAUCAUUUCAGUAUGCCGAUCUUCCACUGCCUAGAGAACCUCAUCAUGAAUGGGCACUUCUUCACGAGGAAUCUCCCAAAAACAACUAUCUUUUUUCGUUUGAGGAAGUGAUGACUUUGUUCAAUCACACCAGCACAUUUCGGCGGGAAUCGGAUUACCCAUUGAUCACCCAGUUCCUGGAGAGUAGUGAUUGGCUCACCAGCACAAAGUACCUGCUGUGUGUAAUGGAGAGAGAACAGCAAGCCGAAAAAUUAAAGUUAGCUCCCGUGAUAUUUACAAACAGCGCCUGCGCUACAGCCUCAGACAGAGACGGGUACAUAAGAAAACUAAUGGAAUACAUACCAGUGGACUCGUACGGUCUAUGUCUACACAACAGGGAUUUACCAAAACAUCUAAGAGAUUCAAUAGAUGGGAUGUUUCACGAGGAGUUUUACAAACUGAUCUCAAAGUACAAGUUUGCCGUGGCCAUAGAGAACGCCAUCUGUGUGGACUAUGUGACGGAGAAGCUUUGGAGGCCGCUACACGUCGGCACAGUCCCCAUUGUGUUGGGCUCGACAAAAGUUAAAGACUUUUUCCCAUCCAAUAAAUCGGCCAUUGUUGUUGAUGACUAUGAAUCUGUAGAAGAUCUGGCUAAAUAUCUCAAAUACCUAGACAACAACGACGACGAAUACCAACAAUACUUGGAUUGGAAGAAAUCAGGGAUAAGUAAUGGAUAUUUAUUGUCGGUUCUGAGAGAAAGGGAGUGGAUCUAUGAUUACUCUGGAAACAGCGAUGGUAUAACUUUUUUCGAGGGCUUUGAAUGCUUAGUCUGCAGAAGAGUGCACGAAAACCUCAAAAGGGAGAGAACUGGACAGGAAAAAUUGGAAUUUCGAGCAUCACGCGACCAUUACGGAUGUCCCGCUCCAGUGAGUGUGGAUGACAGAGGUCAAAGAACUCAACCGAGUUUUCUUCUCACAGAAACCUUCACUAAUAUGAAGUUUAUAGCGAAGGCUCUUAGGUACCAUAUAGAAACAAACAUAACUGUAGACAUGGAUAGUAUUCUUAAGACAGCUGAACGCAUUAGACAUCAGACAAAUCAAUCAAGUAUCAAGUGAUGCAUAAACGAUCAGCAUAUAAUUUAAUUUGUAAUUUCUAAAUCUUACUUUUGUAUGUACUCCCACCCGGUAAA